UGUUUUGACGUAUAAUGUGAGCAAUUGGUGGAGAUAACAGUACAUCGGGUGAUGCGUUGUUUAUAGUAUCAGGUGGUGUUGUAGUUUGGCAAUAAAUAAUACAAAAUGUGGAGUCCAACUCACGUUUUAGUUACAGUCCAUAGAGCCAGAGGAUUGCUGACUAAAGGCAGGAAUGGAACCAAUGAUGCCUUUGUUACUAUUGCACUUGGUAAGGAGAAGUAUCAGACGUCAGUCAAGGAGAAGGCAGACAAAGAUGUCGAAUGGCAUGAAGAAUGUGAACUGCCAAUACCUAAACAAGGAAAUACAGCUGAAAUUGUCUUGACAGCAUUACACCGCAAUUUUAUGGGUGUAGAUGAAUUCCUAGGAGUAAUUAACAUUCCUCUGGCAGACUUUGAUGUGUAUGAAAGGCCAAGAUGCAAAUGGUAUGAGCUAAAAAGUAAGCCUGGUAAGGAGAAACAGAAACACAGGGGAGAACUUGAAGUGAAAGUAACAUUUAUAGUGAAAGCUGGAAGCCUCACCGAUCUAAGUAAAAAAGAAAAACACAAGUCCCUUGGACAGUUGUCUCACAUGGCACAAUCUGUCGGUGGCAGUCUACUCAGUAUUGGAAGUUUGGAAAAGAGGAAGAGCUUGAAGAAAAUAGCCAAAAGUAUAGGAAAGAAAGUGGGGAAAGGCUCAAAUAGCAAGUUGAAGGAAGAGUCAUUUGAUGGAAAUCUUGGUCCCGGCCACCGAAGAAUUGGCCAGAUCGCUGGAGAAGCUGACCCUGGUGUAAUCAGUGAAGAUGAGGAUGAAUUCACUUUUGAUGACCUGUCUCACAAAAGUUCCCUGAGUUCUCUGAGUACAAGUCAGCAAACGGCAGCAACUCCACCUGCUGGAUCCCUUGAAAAUUUGGCAGGAGGAGAAUUUUUGCGAAGAACAAACAUGACUGGUACAGCUUCUGUUCCACCUAAGCCACCGAGAAGUGUUUCACAGGAUAAGACUGUUGAUGAAUGGGAACAGAAAUUAUAUGGAAAGCAGGGGAAAGAUUCAGUUAUUAAUAAUUCAGAUACACUAAAGAGAAGGUCUUGGGAUACAUCGAAGUCAUUUACUAUGAGUCAGUGUGAAGAUAAAGAAUUUGAUAACAUCACUCAUGCAAGCACACCAGCAAUUGUCCGCGCAAAUACAAUAGACACUCCAGUGGCAGCAUUACGAAAGGUUAAUGAAGAUAUUCCAAGAAAUGUUACUGAAACCAUCACACAUGAUGAUAAAGAAAAGGAAAAAACAAAAGAAAAAGAUAUCUCAAAACUUGCAAGACGCUUUAAUAAACAUUUUCGUAAAGGUGAUCCGAAGAAUGAGGAAGCUAUACCAGAGGUGAAAACUCCUACUGCAGAAGAGCGAAUAAUUAUAGGUGGUGAAAAUGAUGAUAAAAAAGUCCGUACUUGUGGGAAUAAAACACCAGAUUCUGUUAUCCAAAAAUAUGAAAAUAAUACCAAAGAAGAAUUGAUUUCAAUAAUAUAUAACCUUCAGCUCACUGUUGAAGACCAAAACAAGAAAGUGAAAGAUCUUGAAGACUAUCUGGAUAAUUUACUGCUGCGAGUAAUGGAAACAACUCCUCGUAUCCUCCAGAAUCCGUAUGUGAGUGUCAAAACAGAAAUAGACUCUAGGAACAUGGUUUCUGUGAGAGAGCAAAGUAUUUAUUAAGAAACUACUGAGAAUCCAGAAAUACACUUACGUUAGUGUCAGUUUCUUAAACAUGAUGAUAGCUGCCAGCAUCUGGUGAAGAAAAUCUUAGCUUCUAGUAUUUUAAUGAUUUAAAUCUGUGAUUUUAAUGUAUUGAUACAGUGAAAAGUUCUUCCUGUUACUUUAUGCUAACAUUUUUAUUGUUGUUAUUUUUGCUAUUGUUGUUAUUUCUGUUGUUUUGUUAUUGUUUUUGUUAUUGUUACUGCUAUUCUUCCUUUGUUACCAUUCUUAUAUAUUUUUUGUGAUUCAUUCACUCUCUCUUCCUGGAAAACAUAAGUGUUUAUAAAUCUUCCAAACUGGCAUUAUUAAUAGAUAUUUCAUGCCUCUUUGUGUAUGAGGUUGCAUGAAGUGAACAUGUGUUAAUAACAGUCAUUAAACUGAUUUAUUUUGUAACAAAAAUACCACAGAAAAUUAUUUUACUGGAAUUUGUUAUUCAGUUCUUUUCAUGAAUUUUCCACCGGCAUAAUUUUCGCGAUAUAUUAUUUCCUUUACUUUGUAAAUAGAAAUGUUUUUCUCAGAGUGACAAAAAAAAUUGGAAUUCUUAAGAUUUGAGCCUCUUUGUUGUAUUACUAGGUGUCUGUUAUGUAAUGGACCGAAGUUUAUGUUGACAAUAAAUAAUCACAUAGAGACUGUUUCCUUUUGCCCAGGAAGGAAUGCAAAUAUUUCUCGGGACACACGUAAUAGGUUUGCUCAGUUUUUAUUCCAAAAAUUAUUGCAUAAUAAUCUUAAAGUUUGUGUAUCUCAGGCUGAUUAAUUGUCAGCUGCAAUUAUUAGCAAUGUCACUCAUAAUGGAAGAUUUCUUGUUUGUUCUAUGCUUUUUAAAAGAUAAGGUUUGCAAAAAUCUGUCCAUACUCAAUGUGAUGUUUGAAAAAUUGUCUGUCAGUUUUAGAUAGUAACCACAAGCUGUAAAUAUUUGCUGCUUUUUAGUGGUUUAUGUAAACCUGUGUUUUAAGAUGCUGUGUGAGAAAGCUUUUGAAGGUUUGAAUGGUGGUAAGAAAUGUUUUUUCAGGCUUAUUAUGCCCUUCCAUAUAUAGCUUAUAUUUUUGCUAGAAAUGUAUUAGAUUGAUAAGCAAUGCUCCUGCCAAUAAGACUGAACAUCAGAACUGGAAUUAUAAUUAAA